UAAUGUGGAGAAGCAGGAAGUAGGUUACAGAAACCGAUACUGUUUUGUCUAUGCGGGACAGCGGGAGUCAGUCACAAUUACCCUGCAUGUCUUGUGGCUUACCACAGGACCUCAGUAAAUGUAUUUAUGUAAAUGAUUCAUAUCAAAGUCCGUAGCUUUCAGUGGGCUGGUCUUAGUUCAAAUAAGGAAGCUGCUUCUGCAUUGGUGUUGCCGCGCGGAAAUGUGGAAACAGUUUUCAUCUUAACGAUAGCCUAGACAAGCAGUGGACCACAUUCAUAACAAACAUGAUAAUUAACCUGCUCAUGGCGGUUGUGUCCGUGUCUGUUUAUCCGGUCCAAACGUUAGACAAUGGCCUUGCCCUGACUCCUACAAUGGGAUGGUUGCACUGGGAGAGAUUCAUGUGCAACACUGAUUGUGACAUGGACCCUGAUAACUGCAUAAGGGAGGAGCUGUACAUGCAGAUGGCGGACGUGAUGGUCAAGGAGGGUUGGCUGGAGGCGGGCUACGAGUAUGUGUGCAUAGACGACUGUUGGCCCCAUCACCAGCGAGAUCCCCAGGGACGCCUACAGGCUGACCCCAAGAGGUUCCCCAGCGGCAUCAAGAAGCUGGCUGACUACGUUCAUUCUAAGGGUUUAAAACUGGGAAUCUACGCAGAUGUGGGGUCCAAGACUUGUGCUGGCUAUCCUGGCAGCCUAGGUUACUACGAAACGGACGCCAAAACCUUUGCUGAAUGGGGUGUGGAUUUAUUGAAGUUCGAUGGCUGCUAUAUGAACUGGACUAUGCUUGGAGAAGGUUAUAAGAACAUGUCCAGAGCUUUGAAUCAAACGGGAAGAAGCAUUGUUUACUCCUGCGAGUGGCCACUAUACGAGUGGGCGUAUCAUGAGCCAAAUUACACAGCGAUUAGGGAGACUUGCAACCACUGGAGAAACUUUGCAGACGUGUAUGACUCAUGGAGUAGCAUUAAAACCAUUCUGGACUGGACAGCAACCAAUCAGAGGUUCAUCGCCCCAGCUGCCGGUCCCGGCGGGUGGAACGACCCAGAUAUGCUGGUGAUAGGAAACUUUGGGCUGAGCCAUAACCAGCAGCAGUCUCAGAUGGCCCUGUGGGCCAUCAUGGCUGCUCCGCUAAUGAUGUCCAAUGACCUGCGAGACAUCUGUCCCAAGUCCAAAGAACUGCUGCAGAACCGAAGGGUUAUCGCCAUCAACCAGGAUCCCCUGGGAAAGCAGGGCAACCGGACAGGAGUGGUGGACCAAUUUGAGAUGUGGGAGCGUCCACUUUCCGGAGGCAGGCUGGCCCUGGCCAUCCUGAACAGACAGGAGAUCGGAGGACCACGCAGGUUCCCCCUCACACUGGCUACUCUGCCCAGUUACCAGUACUGCAACCCCAUGUGUAAUGUCACACAGAUCCUGCCCAUGUACCAGGAGCUGGGGGUGCAGGGUCUCUUCAGUAAGCUGCUGCUGAAGAUCAACCCCUCAGGCACAGCACUACUGACUGUAACUCACAUUUCCAUCAAUGCCACCAUUCUGUCCUAAAAUGCCUGGUUUUGUCCACCAAAUUUUAUCAACAUAGAAAAGUCAGUAAAGAUGAAAUGUUAUAAGUUUGAAAAAAAAACGAGCAUUUUGGGGUAGUUUCCUUAACAGUGAUAAACCAACUCAAAAUAGUUCUUUAUGUCUUGGUAACAACCUUUUAAACCAGUAAAAAAAAAAAAAAAACUUUUGCCCUUUGGGUAAAUUGCCCAUACAUUUAAUAGCUGACAACUAAUUGUUCAAUCUUUUAAGCGCUUUUCAGGGAACAAAAGGUUAAGGGCUCAACAUGUAGUUAAGUAUAAUUCUAUCAUUAUUGCACUGUAGGAAAUUAACAUGUGUAACAAGACUGCCCAGUUCUGUGCAAUAUGAUCCAAUGCAAUUUGCCCAAUGGGAAAAGCUACAAAGAAUCAUGCAGUCACAUUUCUUACUUUUACAGGGUUCCCACUCUAUACGAAAUGUAAAAUUAAAUCUUUUAUAUUUUAGAGCGGCAGAUACAUAAUCGGACAUUGAAUAAACAAAGUAGGCCUAGGCUACUCAAGCGACCAGUAAAGCUAGCAACCAGAUACACAAUAUUAAGUGGAAAUUUGUAUGCAUUAUGGCAAGUAAGCUUUUAACUGCUGAAACCAAACUCCAGGAUAUUCCACAACAUCAAAAACUAGACAUGUAAUUCCAAGGAAAUUACGAGUGCAUGAAAAUGCAAAAAUGAUGAGGACUUUUAUUUUGAAACAGUUGUGGGUAGAGGAAACAGUUGAGAGAGCUUAAGAGAGCCAGAAAGCCUGAGACAGAGAGUUGCUGCCAGGUGGCUUUGAACACCUGGCUUAAGAUUCUAAUUGCUUAACGACUUCAUUGUGAUGUCAUAAUCCAAUGUUAAGUCUAUGGGAGAAAAAAUGUUUUAAAAAAUUCAUAUAAAAUAAACGAUAAAGUUUUCGAAGAUGAAAAUUACAUAGCUGAAGUCACCUAAGUAAGACCUACGCAGCGCAGUUUGAAUGAAGUUUCUACGUCAAACGGUUGAAGCUGAAUUGAACGCACAAAAAGUGUCUGAAGAAGAAUAAUAACUAGAGAAUGUAAUUCCAGGGAAAUUACGAGUGCAUGAAAAUGCAAAAAUGUGGUUGCAUAGUUUAAAGAAAGCUGAUAGUGUGAAGGUAGACAGUUUAAAGCUUAAACAUUACAGUUCUAACUGAACUAAUGAUUUCUAGCAGUUAUGCUAAAAAUGUUAACUAUGCUAACAAUGCUAACCAGGUUGAUUAGAUAACUUAGCUAAUAAUUUCUAACAGUUAUGCUAAAAAUGCUAACAAUGCUAACUAUGCUAACAAUGCUAACCAGGUUGAUUAGCUAACUUAGCAAAUCCUUUCUAGCAGUUAUGCUAAAAAUGCUAACAAUGUUAACUAGCUAACUUGCUAGUGAGGACUUUUAUUUUGAAACAUUUGUUGAUAGGGUAUCUAUGGUGGCCACUAUCAGGAGUAAAGAAGUUACUGUAGUAAAAUCAUGUU